UAGUAGUACAAAAUACAGACUCUGCUACAGCCUAAAAGGACGAGAGUUUCUCUUCGCAAAAAACCUUUAAAACCCUUUUUAUUACCCUUUUCAAAAAAUUUCACACACUUCACCAAAACGCAAAUCAAUCCCUCCCUUAUUUCUUUUCCGGCGAAACCCUCACCGUGGUUUCGUUUUCUCUCACUUUUCCGGCGAUUUUUUUCGUUGCAUCGAGGGCGCAAUGUUCACGCCGCAGAGAAAGGCGUGGCCGGCCGCGGCGGCGUUCACUCCCCUUCGGGGCGGUUCCGCCUCCGCGAAGGGCAAGGCCGUCGCCGAGGGUCCUCCGCCGCCGCCGUUGGGGUCUCUGACGGAAACCACCGUUGCGGUGGGGCUUGACGCCGCGGGGGACGCCGAGGACUGGAAACGGUUCACCAAGUUAGGGUUGCUGGACGAGGCUGUGAUGCAGCGGAAGGACCACGAAGCGCUCGUGGAGAAGGUUUCUAGGCUCGAAAGAGAGCUUUUUGACUACCAAUACAACAUGGGCCUCCUAUUGAUUGAGAAGAAAGAAUGGAAUUCAAAGUUUGAUCAGCUGAGGCAAGAACUAGCUGAAACUGAAGAGAUUCUAAAACGAGAACAGUCAGCACAUUUAAUUGCAUUAUUUGAAGUUGAGAAGCGAGAGGAAAAUUUGAAGAAAGCAUUAAGCACAGAGAGGCAAUGUGGGGCUGAUCUUGAGAGAGCUCUGCGUGCAAUGCAAGAAGAGCAUGCCCAAGUCAAGUCUUCCUCUCAUACAAAGCUAGCUAAAGCUAACGCAUUGGUUGAUGGAAUUGAAGAGAAGUCUUCGGUGGUUGACAAGAAACUGCUUGAUGCAGAAGCUAAGCUUGCUGAGAUAAACAGAAAAAAUGCAGAGCUGGAUAUGAAAUUGCGACAGGUGGAUGUUCGUGAAAGUUUGCUUCAAAAGGAGCGUUUGUCUUUAGCUACUGAUCGAGAAUCAUUUGAGGCAACAUUCUACAAACAAAGGGAAGAUUUGAAGGACUGGGAAAGGAAGCUAAAGCAAAGAGAAGAUAUGCUAUGUGAUGGUAGGCAAAAUCUUGGUGAGAAAGAAGAAAAGAUAGUUGAAACUGAGAAGAACCUUAAGCAGAAAGAAAGAGACCUUGAAGUGUUGGAGAAGAAAAUUGAUUCAUCUAAUUCUUUAGUGAAAGAAAAGGAAGCUGAGAUAAUCCAAAGAGUAGCAGAUUUAGAUGUGGAAGAGAAGAAAGUGAAUUCUUUAAAGAGCAUGCUGGAGAUGAAAGAGAAAGAAUUGCUUGCACUGGAACUAAAGCUUAGUGCUAGAGAAAGAGAGGGGAUCGAGAAGCUCCUUGGUGAACAAAAGGCUACUCUGGAUUUAAAGUUGCAGCAGGUUGAACUUGAAAUGGAACAAAAGCAGAAAUCCCUCGUUGAGGAGUUUAGCAGCAAGGAGGAAGCCUUGGAGCAGAGGGAGGUCGAAGUCAACCAUAGGGAAAAAAAGGUUGGAAAAGAAGAGCAGGCCUUGAAUAAGAAGGCUGAGAGAAUAAAGGAGCAAAAUAAGGAGAUUGAAGCAAAGUUGAAAUCCUUAAAGGAGAAAGAAAAGACUAUGAUAAUUAAAGAGAAAGAGUUGGAGAAGGAAAAACAACAACUGCUUGCUGACCGGGAGAGCCUGGAGAAUUUAAAUGCUGAACUUGAGAAGAUGAAAGCUGAGAUUUCUCAGAAGGAGUUGCAAAUAUGCCAAGAGACUGAGAAUUUGAAGCUUACUGAAGAUGAUAGGGCAGAGCAUUCUCGUUUGCAAUUGGAACUAAAACAGGAGAUAGAGCAUACCAGAUUGCAGAAGGACUUUAUUAUGAAGGAAGCUGAAAACUUAAGGGAGGAGAGACAGAGGUUUGAGAAAGAGUGGGAAGUGCUGGAUGAAAAAAGAGCAGAAAUUACUAAUAAGCAGCAUGGUAUUGAUAUGGAGAAAGAAAGUUUAAGAAAAUUUCAGAACAGUGAAGAAGAAAGGUUGAAAAGUGAGAAACAACAUAUGCAAGAUCAUAUAAAGAAAGAACUGGAGAUGCUUGAAUCGGAGAAGGAAUCAUUUAGAGAUUCAAUGAAGCAAGAGAAACAUCUUUUGUCUGAAAAGGUGAAAAAUGAAAAGGCACAAAUGCUUCAAGAUUUUGAAUUGAAGAUGAGGAAUCUUGAGAAUGAAAUCCAGAAAAGACAGGAGGAAAUGGAGAAAGACUUGCAGGAAAGGGAGAGAAACUUUCAGGAGGAGAUGCAAAGAGAGCUUGAUAAUAUUAAUAACUUGAAGGAUGUUACUGAGAAGGAAUGGGAAGAAGUGAAGGCUGAGGGGAUUAGGUUAGAAAAUGAGAGGAAGGUACUUGAGUCGAACAAGCAGCAACUGAAGUCAGGCCAACAUGAGAUGCAUGAAGAUUCUGAAAUGCUUAUGAAUCUCAGCCGGAAGGUUAAGAAGGAACGUGAGCGCCUUGUUGCUGAAAGAAAACAUUUUCUUGAACUUGUUGAGAAGCUAAGGAGUUGCAAGGGCUGUGGUGAAGUUGUUAGGGAUUUUGUUGUAUCUGAUAUUCAGUUACCUGACUUUAAGGAAAGAGUGGCCAUUCCCUCACCUAUCUCCCCUGUUCUGAAUGACAAUCCUCCUAAGAACUCCCAGGACAAUAUAGCUGCUUCUGAGUUUAACAUCUCUGGAUCUGUAAAGCCUGUGUCUUGGCUCCGUAAAUGCACAACCAAGAUUUUCAAUCUGUCCCCAAGUAAAAGAGCUGAUGCUGUUGGUGCUUUAGACAUGCCUGGGACAUCACCACUGUCAGAUGUCAAUUUUAGUGUAGAGAACAUAGAUGAGGAGCUGCCUACAUCUCUUCCUAAUAUAGGAGCUAGAGUUAUUUUUGACGAACGUCAACCAGCAGGUGGGAUGGCACAUCACUCUUCAGAUACACCACACCUCCAAUCUGAUAACAUUGGUAAAGAGGUUGGUGAUGAAUACUCUCUAUCCGUGGGUGAUCACAGCCGCGUGGAUAGUUUUGUAGAUGGAGAUCCAGGUGAUUCGCAGCAGUCUGUUCCAAAGCUUGGUCGGCGCAAACCUGGGAGGAAAAGCAAAUCUGGAAUUGCUAGAACACGCUCAGUGAAGGCUGUUGUUGAAGAGGCCAAGGAGUUCCUAGGAAAAGCCCCAAAGAAAAUAGAAAAUGCAAGCUUGCAGUCUCUCAAUACUGAUCAUAUCAGAGAAGACAGUCGAGAAGACUCCAGUCACACUGAGAAAGCCAUUGGUAACACUAGAAGGAAACGGCAACGGGCACAAACUUCUAGGAUUACAGAAAGUGAGCAGAAUGCUGGUGAUAGUGAAGGACAAUCAGAUAGUAUUACAGCUGGUGGGCGCAGGAAGAAGAGGCAAACAGUUGCUCCACUGACGCAAGUUACUGGGGAGAAGCGAUACAAUCUCAGGCGGCAUAAGAUCAGUGCAGGCAAAGAUUCAUCAACACAGAACAUAUCAAAUGCAACAAAGAGUGUGGAGAAAGAAGCUGCUGCUGGUAAACUGGAGGGUGAUAAAAACACCCCUGAAGUUGUUGAAACUUCAUUAGCAGUAGAUGAUGACAAUGUACAAGACACAAACCUGGUGCAGGUCUCGACAGUAAAGACUGUGGAGUUCUCAGAUCAUAGAGCUGUUAGGUUUGAACUACCAAAAGAUGUUGUUGAUGACAAUGCUGCUGCAACUGAGACUCUGAAUCGUGUGGAGGAAAAUGGUACACCAGAAUAUCAAGAUGAAGAUGGAAGCACAAUCCAUGAAGUUGAAAAUGAUGAUGAUGAUGAGGAGGAGGAGGAAGAGGAGGAACAUCCGGGUGAGGUGUCCAUUGGAAAGAAGAUCUUCAGAUUUUUUACAACGUGAUGGAAGUAGUUAUAUCACAAAUAGAUAUACAUAUGUCAUCAUUCCUUAUUUAGGAGAUUAGGCAUGUAAUAUUACUUCGGAGUAACUUCCAUGUUUGUUUUGGCAUUUAUUACUGGCAGAUGAGAAGCAUUGUUCUGCUGCCUGUGUUCUCAAUAACUGUUCUCUUGCGAAAAGAUUUGCUGCUUAAGAAAGGAUGGUGCUUGCUUCUUCCCAAAAUUGAACUAAAGGGGUGAAUCCAUCUGUAUCACGUAUUAAACUUCAGUAUUAAUGUUUGCAUUAAUUGAUAAAAUUAAGCAAGUACUUCGA